AUGCCCACGGCCUUACCUACGCCACCCUACGGGGAGCAAAUGGCUACCUUCUCCCAGAAAUCAGUAAUGGGUACAAUAUUUGAGACAACUGAACGCUAUACGGAAUGGAAGCCUCUCGGGCUUGGAGUAUCUGGGCUUGUCUGCUCUGCAAGAGAUCAGCUUGCCCACCAGACUGUCGCCGUGAAGAAACUCGCGGAACCUUUUAAGACACCGGCUAUUGCAAGACACAUGUUUCGAGAAAUGAAAUUACUGAGACAGUUGCGACAUGAAAACAUCAUAAACUUGACCGACAUAUUCAUUUCCCCCUCGGAAGACAUAUAUAUCGUGACCGAACUUAUGGCAACCGAUCUUAACACAAUCUUGAAGGCGAAAAAAGUCGAAGACCAAUUCGCCCAAUACUUCAUGUAUCAAAUAAUGCGUGGCCUGAAAUAUCUCCACUCAGCCGGUGUCAUCCACCGAGAUCUAAAACCAAGCAACAUCCUGGUGAACGAGAACUGUGACCUGAAAAUAUGCGACUUUGGCCUGGCCCGGAUCCAAGAAUCACACAUGACCGGCUAUGUCUCGACGAGGUACUACCGUGCCCCGGAGAUCAUGCUCACAUGGCGAAAGUACGACGAAAAAGUCGAUAUAUGGAGUGCCGGGUGCAUCUUCGCUGAAUUACUUCUGGGCGAGCCUUUGUUCCCGGGAAAGAACCAUAUCAACCAGUUUUGUGUUAUCACCGAUCUACUUGGUAAUCCGCCUGAAAAAGUGAUCAACAAUAUCACAAGUGAAAAUACGUUGAAUUUUAUCAAGUCACUCCCAAAGCGAGACCGCACGCCAAUAUCACAGCUCAUCCCCAAGGUCAAUGCAGAUGCUGGGGUAUUGAUUGACAGAAUGCUCGAAUUCGACCCCCAAGUCCGACUCUCCGCAACAGAAGCCCUCGAAUCUCCAUAUCUCGCACCAUACCACGAUCCCAAUGACGAACCAGUCGCAGCAGAAGCAAUUGACUGGGCCUUCCUCGAAGCAGAUCUCCCAGCCGAUAUGUGGAAGACCAUCAUGUACGGCGAGGUGCUGGCAUUCCACUCGGAAAUGGACCAUUCUGGCCAGACCGGGCCGAUGAAAUCAAUACACCAGAUUGACGGAAUGGAUAUCGGUUAA